AUAGCUAUGAAACUAAAUGAAAUUUGAAAAAAGAUGAGACAUAUUUGUUGGGCUCCAUGAUCCAGCUGGGGAUUUUCUUCAGAAGAAAAUCCAUGCUACCAUUCGGCGGGUUCUUUAAUUUGUUUUAUCAAUUACUCUUCUUCAUCGACAUAUAAUAUAGGAAUAUUUUCUUGAAUUUAUCUAACUCUGAUUGCAACUCUUCAAGGCUGCAUUAUAUAUAUCAUCAAGGGAACACAGAAAACAUAUUAAGAUAUAUCAGAAAAAAAAAAAUGGAGAAUGAGAUUAGCAACUUCAUCAAGAUUUGGCUUACAGUUUUGAUCUCUUGGUGUUAUUGUUAUGCUCUGAGUCAGAGAGUUCCAAAAGGGACUAAUAGACUUUUUUGUUUUCUUCCAAUAGUAUGCCUUUUUCUGUAUCUUCCUCUUCAUCUUUCCACCAUGUAUCUUGGAGGUCCAUCCGCUUUUGUCAUUGCCUGGCUUGCCAAUUUCAAGCUAUUGCUCUUUGCUUUUGGCAAGGGCCCUUUGUCUUCAUCAAUGUCUCUUGCACGUUUUGUUGCUAUAGCUUGUCUACCCAUCAAGAUCCAGCAAAUUCCAUCAACAAAGUUUCAAGAUGGUGAAAAAUCGUCUCUAAAAAACACCAUAAAAGCCCUACUUAUGGCUAUGUUGAUCCAUGUUCAUAGAUAUGAAGCCCACAUCAACCCAAAGAUCUUACCCUUUCUAUAUUGUCUCCAAUUGUACAUAUCCCUUGAACUAGUUCUAGCCCCAAUGGGAACCUUGGCCGUGGUCUUGCUAGGGCUGGAGCUGGAGCCACAGUUCAAUGAGCCAUACCUCUCCUCCUCCUUACAAGACUUCUGGGGCAGAAGAUGGAACCUAGUGGUUUCAGGUAUUCUGCGACCCACCAUAUACGAACCCACCCGCAAUCUUGCCACGUGUCUUAUGGACAGAAACUGGGCCCCAAUUCCGGCAAUCUUAGGUACAUUUAUUGUGUCGGGUCUCAUGCAUGAGCUCGUGUUUUACUACCUUGGGCGUGAGAAGCCCACAUGGGAACUCACAUGCUUCUUUCUCCUUCAUGGAGUAUGUCUGGCGAUUGAGGUUGCUUUGAAGAAGGCGUUUGCCCGAAGUUGGCAGUUUCCAUGGCUAAUCUCAGGACCUUUGACUAUAGGAUUCGUGAUGGUCACUGGCUUUUGGCUGUUCUUGCCGUCGAUGCGCCGGUGUAAGGUUUUCGAAAGAUCAACCAUAGAGUUUGCUGCUGCUGUUGGAUUCCUGAAGAAUGCCAGUCGGGAUAUUCGGAAUUUUGUGAUUCCCACAUCAGCAUUGAUGUGAAUCAUAAAAUGCAGGAUCUUAAUUGAAAAAAAAAAAUGGAAGUUGAGAUAAAUAGCAUUUUCCAUCAACUUUCUUAGAACUUUCCUAUCCGUUACACGUGUGAAAGAAAUGAAUUUAGCGUUUCAGAAAUACUUGCCGUCUAUAUGCAUGAAUAUAUAUAUAUAUAAAAAAGGAUUCUUUCUCCACCUUUUCCGUAGAGGUUUCCAAUAACUAUCUCAGGGUUAAGUAUAAUUGGAGGGCAAUUGUUUGCUUUUUGCCUGACAAGUCAGGAAUAAGCAAGCACUUUAGAGUUUCCACGGUUCAAUUUCAAUCCAAUACAGCAAUAUCCAAUGGCAUUUUAAAGAAUACAGCAGAUGUGUAUUCAGAACUAAAAGAAUUGCAACCCGAUUACGCUUGUAAACAGGGUUCUGCAUGGUCCAGAUUGCAGAGACUCUAAAAUCAAACCCAAAAUUGUUAAUAAUAAAAUAAAUCCAACCAAACAAAAAAGUUAUGAAGUUUUUCAUAGCUAAAAUCAAAUUGGACUUUUUUGAGGGCCAAACCAAACAAAAAUGCCGAUAUACAACUUGGUUCUGUACAACGAGUGGCUUAGAAUUUAGGG